CACCGAAAUGGUUCUUUCCAGCAAUGGUCGAAGCAGCAUGGUGAAGGAGAACCCAGCGUGGAUUAACAACAACAACUAGACAUUCUGGAUUUAAACGGAUAUCAGUUUUCUGCCGCCUGUUGUUUGAGGUUUCAGUGUCAUUAAACCCGAUUAGUUGGAGGUCAGCGGGACAGAUUCUAUCACAACAUGCCUCACCGAAAGAAGAAGUCGUUCAUCGACAAGAAGAAGGCCGUGACCUUUCACCUCGUCCACAGGAGUCAGAGGGACCCUCUGGCUGCAGAUGAGAAAGCCCCCCAGCACGUCCUGCUGCACGCCAACAAGGUUGAACCGGACAAGAGGCGCGAGGAGCAGAGGGAGUUUGGCGUUUUCUUUGAUGACGACUACAACUACCUGCAGCACCUGAAGGAGGCGGCACCCACGGCCGAGCUGGUGGCGGACGAACCGGCGCACGGCAACAGGCCAACGCUACGUCUCCGUGGCGACGACGACGACGAUGACGAGGAGGAGGACCGGGACGUUCUUGACGUUCAAGCCGCUUCCAUCAACCUGCCGUCCUCCGUGUUCGCCUCGGAGUUUGAAGAGAAGGUGGGACUCCUGAACAAAGCCGCUCCCAUCUCAGGACCUCGUCUGGACAUGGACCCCGACAUCGUGGCCGCUCUGGACGAGGACUUUGACUUCGACGACCCCGACAACCUGCUCGACGACGACUUCAUCGCCCGAGCGAACACGGCGAGCGCAGCCGGCGAAGGUGACUGCGGCGACGAGGACGAGGACGACGAGUGGGAGGACACGGACGAGGAAGGGGACUUCGGCUCCGAGGGGGGGCUCUCGGGCGACGAGGACCUGGGGCGCCGCGCUCGAGAGUUCCUGUUCAUGGACGAGGAGACGAAGAGCCGCUUCACGGAGUACUCGAUGACGUCGUCCGUGAUGAGGAGGAACGAGCAGCUCACCCUGCUGGACGACCGCUUCGAGAAGUUCUACGAGCAGUUCGACGACGACGAGAUCGGCGCCCUGGACAACGCCGAGCUGGAGGGCUCCAUCCAGCCGGACAGCGCGCGCCUGGAGGAGGUCAUCAAGGACUACUUCGUCCAGAAGCACAAAGACCACUUGAAGCUCGAUGAAAUGGGUCCGAAAGAACUCCCCGUCCUGAAGGAGGAGGACGAUGAAGACGACGAGGACAAAGAGGAAGAGAUGGAGAGAAUAGUCGUCUGGGCUCAGGACGAGAAGUGGGAUUGUGAAACCAUCAUCAGUACAUAUUCCAACAUAUACAACAGACCCAAAAUCAUUCAAGACCCACCAAAGCCGAUCCGCGUGUCCCAGAAGACGGGGAUCCCCCUGGACGUCCUCCCGGCCAAAGGCCUCACGGCCAAGCAGGCGGAGCGCAUGGCGCUGAUCAACGACCAGGACCUGCAGCGCGUCUCCACGCUGCCCCGCGACAAGGAGGAGAGCACGGAGGAGAGGAAGGCCAGGAAGCAGGCCAUCAAAGAGGAGCGCAAGGAGCGGCGAGUGGAGAAGAAAGCCAACAAGAUGGCCUUCAAGGAGGAGCGAGUGCGGCAGGAGAAGCAGAUGGUGAACCUGAGGACCAACGCGCCGGGCCUGAAGCUGUAGUGGCGGCCGGCGGACACUCGGCUCUUAUAUUCAGCGGAGCUGACAAACCGGGAGGCUCGAGUCUCCUCGAGUCAUCGGGGGCUCUGAGUACGAGAAGUGGAUCUCUGCGCCCGACGCCAUGUGACCUCCAACAACCGAUGUGUCAGAGACUCCCCCGAAAUUACACCACAUCUGCUCAAACAAUCUUUUUUUAUGUAGAUUUCAAACCUGUGUUGAAAUCAGCAGGAGGUAAGCUAGUUAGCGUUAGCCGCAGGUCUGUCCUGCUAAAUAAUGGAUCUCCAAGCAGCUUUUAACACCUUAUUUAAAUCAAACAGACACACGCCGGUGAACUAAAGGCUGAUGACCAACGGUUGGUCUGGAACUCUGCGUGCGAUAGUUUGUAUAAUUAGUGAAAUACGCUUGCAGGGAGUCAGAGGAUUGAUUCCACUCGUGUGUGUGUGUGUAUAUACACACACUUUAGCAGGUAUUAUUGCUCCUCAAUAGUUAAACAAUGAACUGAACUUUAUCAACCUGUUCUGUGAGCUGGUAUCAGUCAUCAGAAAGACUUUUCUAUUCUCAUUUUGUUUUGUGCCAAAGCUCUGCCUUCAAGUCAGGUGAGUUCUCUCUUAAGUUUGGAGUUUAUAAAAGAAUAUCAGAAUAUCAA